UGGUAAAAAUGUUACAAGGUCGUUAAAUUUAUUGGAACGUGACCAUCGGAGAUGAACUUUCUCCGUAAUGAUUGCGGGAGCUCUGGUGAAUGAUUGACCGCAGAGACUCGACCUGGACCUUUAUGGACAAAGUGGAUUUACCAACAGGAGUUUAACUGGGAUUAUUUUCAUUAUAAAGAGGCUGAAGGGAGCAGAAUGAAACUCUGAUCCUGAUUCAAGCAGCAGAAGAAAGUUUUCAGCUUUCAGAGAUGAAGUCAUAAAUUAAAAUAAGCCGUUUUACCCUCAUCCUUUUUUGUUUUAUUUUUUAAUGACUCUAAUAUUUCUAAAACUAAUCAUUUUCUGUAUGGCGAGGCACGCGCUGUGCAGCUCGCAGCCCCUCGUGCUGCUCCUGCUGCUGUUGCGGUGUCCUGGUCUCGCAUCAGGAGCCUCCAAGGACCUGGUUUGUGAGCCCAUAACUGUGCCCAUGUGCAGGGGCAUCGGCUACAACCUGACCUACAUGCCCAACCAGUUCAACCACGACACCCAGGAGGAGGUGGGACUGGAGGUGCACCAGUUCUGGCCUCUGGUCCGGAUUCGCUGCUCCCCAGACCUGCUCUUCUUCCUGUGCAGCAUGUAUACUCCUAUCUGCCUGCCGGACUACCGCAAGCCGCUGCCGCCCUGCCGGUCCGUGUGCGAACGGGCCAAGCGAGGCUGCUCUCCUCUGAUGAGCCAGUAUGGCUUUGAGUGGCCUGAGAGGAUGAGCUGCGAACAGCUGCCCCAGCUGGGUGACGAAAUCCUGUGCAUGGACCAGAACAGCAGCGAGACCACCACUCUAGCUCCACCUUUCCCAAAGCCGACCCCUAAAGGACGGACCAGACCGCCCAGUCCUCCGCAGUGUGACAGAGAGUGCCGCUGUCGAGACCCCCUUGUCCCCAUCAAGAGGGAGUCCCACACCCUGUACGGUCAGGUCCAGACCGGCCCCCUGCCCAACUGCGCCCAGCCCUGCCACCAGCCGUACUUCUCAGCCGAUGAACGCGCCUUCACCAGCUUCUGGGUGGGACUCUGGUCGGUGCUGUGCUUCAUCUCCACCUUCACCACCGUCGCCACCUUCCUCAUCGACAUGGAGCGCUUCAAGUACCCGGAGAGGCCCAUCAUCUUCCUGGCUGCGUGCUACCUCUUUGUUUCUUUGGGGUACAUCAUCCGUCUGGUGGCGGGUCAUGAGCGAGUGGCGUGUGGCGCAAGCAACAGCAUUGGUGGUGACCAGCUGCACAUCCUCUACGACACCACCGGCCCCGCUCUCUGCACGCUCGUCUUCUUGUUGGUGUACUUCUUCGGCAUGGCGAGCUCCAUCUGGUGGGUGGUGCUGUCCUUCACCUGGUUCCUGGCUGCAGGGAUGAAGUGGGGCAGCGAGGCCAUCGCAGGAUACUCGCAGUACUUCCACCUCGCCGCUUGGCUCAUCCCAAGCAUUAAGUCCAUCGUCGUCUUGGCUCUCAGCUCUGUGGACGGGGACCCUGUGGCUGGAAUCUGCUACGUGGGGAACCAGAGUUUAGAGAAUCUGAGGGGAUUCGUACUCGCACCUCUUGUGGUUUACCUCUUCACCGGCUCACUUUUCUUACUCGCCGGCUUCAUUUCUCUCUUCCGCAUCCGGAGCAUCAUCAAGCAAGGAGGCACCAAGACCGACAAACUAGAGCGGCUGAUGAUCCGCAUCGGGCUCUUCACGGUGCUCUACACUGUCCCCGCCACCAUCGUGGUGGCCUGCCUGGUCUACGAGCAGCACUACCGGCCCGGCUGGGAGCGAGCCCUGGCGUGCACCUGCCCGUCUGAGCGCCAGCGCUUGGGCCCGGACUACGCCGUCUUCAUGCUCAAGUACUUCAUGUGCUUAGUGGUGGGCAUCACCUCAGGGGUUUGGAUUUGGUCAGGAAAAACCCUGGAGUCCUGGAGGAGGUUUGUGGCUCGAUGCUGCCCCUGCUGGCCGCAGAAAGCCACCGCGCCACCCUCCAUGUACAGUGAAGCCAGUACUGCUUUAACUGGACACACUGGGACUGGGCUGACGUCAGGGAUCUACCACAAAGCUGCUCCGUCGCAUAUAUGAACUGACUGCACUGUUAGCAGAACCGAUGUUUAUAAAGUCGCCUCUCUGGACGCAAAAGUAUCCAAACACCCAGAAAGUGAGCGUGGACAAACAGCUGCAGGACUGCGUGCAUCAUUUGAAUUUCUGCUCUAACAAAACCUACAACACGAAACACAAUGGACCGAAAGAGUUUGAGCUAAAAAAGGGAAAAAAAUGCAACAACGUAAAUAAAAGGAUUAUAAAUGAAAACACCUGAUAUUUAAAAGAGUUUGACUUUUGUGAAAAGUGACUUCGGCAGUUGCUUUUCCGAGAGGUCCGGUUGACCAAACUUGACAUUUGCUGAGAAAACAACCUUCAAACCUGAACAGUUACACACAUGCGUAUCCUGAGCACUGAGAGACACAAACCUAUUUAUUUAUGUACAUAUUGUAUAAAUUUACUGUAAAGACAAUUAGCUGUAUAGUGUGAUAUGUUUAGUUUGUAACCAACA